AGUCGACACCCUCCUCUACAGAGCAUACCCCCAAGAAUGGGGCAAAUACAUCGACUUGAACCCCAUGCCGCCUGGCGUAUACAAUCAUUCGGAAGAAAACGACGGCGAGCUUCCCAGGCAGUUCUUGACUGUGAUCAAUACAUGGAAUCUGGAAGCAUUCGAGGAUUUCUUCGAUUUUGUGCGGGACAUUCCUGUCUUUGCCAACAUCAACCGCAAGCAUUCCCCAUCGAGGUACAAUUUAGGCUUCUUGACAAUAUUGAGUCAGCUCGCGGAGCAUCCACUCAAGCCCAGCCUUUGCAAGGUGAGAACGGCGAUUUCGUGUCAGCUGUUGCAGAAAGCGAGCCGCGAAAGCAUGAGGAUCACAAAUGCUCACCUGCGAGCGGUAUUGGACGACUUCGAUGCCGAACUGGCGCAGUCUUAUGAAUCUCAGAUUGCGAAGGACAUGGCAGUGACCACGCCUGAGAGUCAACUGGUAGUCGCACUUGAAGACACGGACCAGAGCCAUAUCCCCCCGGACAGAGCAGAGGCUUCAGACUCCAUGAACAGGCAUGUUUACAAACGACAAAUGUCUCCGGAAGUUGUGGACGUCGAGAAAAGCCCUAGCAGGCAUCUGGAUACGCUUGCCAACGACCCCAGACAUCAUCCGGGAGUCCCUAGUGGGAGUCUUGACGACCAUCACGCAGCGGUCGCUGUCGAACAUAGCGAGCAUCCAGAUAGAUCCGAAGAAGAGCAUGCUCCAAAGCGUCGUUGCACGGAUCUGACAGCACUUCGGUUAAAGCUUUCGGUCAAAAAAAGCGAAUUGAAAAUGGCUCAGUACGAGUUGGCCCAAGUAACGAGGGAACGAACCGAGUACUCAGCAUCAGCGACCCGCGAUGCCAAGCAAUUCAAAAACGAUCUUCCCCAGGCUAUGGAAAAGCAUCCUGUCAUCUUGACAAGCAGCUUUUCACACUAUCUUGGCUAUGAUGCCCAAGGAUGCAUCGACGGUUUAGCGAUCGAAUGUAAAAAGUACCUCACUUUGCACCUUUCGAAUGACAGGAACUUUCGUGGGAUCUCAAAGAGAUGGAAAGACCGAGCAAAGUCCGUGUACGAGCUUGAAACACAGCUAUGGGACCUCGAUGACUCGAUCAGCAAGAAUCAAGACCAUGGGAUAGGUGCAUAGACUCGGGUCUGGAGUGCGCCGACUGGAAAGGCAGAAAUCGGCUUGACGAAUCCGCGGGACUUUCUUUCGUAGGACAGCUUUAACAAACGGGUCUAGUCGAAAAUUGAUGUACAAUAUGCCUCUUCAGCCAAUCUUGUGGUACCUCCGCUUUUGUGUGCAGCAAUGGGUCGGCAGAGUUGAGAGCUACAGUGACAAGACAAUGAUCUCAAUAACGAAUAGAAAAAUUGGUCAGAUCGGAGUCGUGACCAC